GGUGAAAAGUAAAAUUUAACCCGCCCUAAUACAUAUACGAAGUGAUUGCUCAAUCGAAAAACGUAAAACUGUGGAAAGAGGGAUUGUGAGUGUCUGGUUAUUGGCAGUCGGUCUAAAGUGGUGCGGUUUUGGAACUGCUAGGCUGUGAUUAGAACUCGUCGAAAGUUUCAACCGGAGUGGGUGGGCUGGUAAAGUUAUGAUGAAUUAGUUCGAAGGAUAACUGAGACUUCACUUGUCUAUAUCCGUAUGUAAAGAGAGUCUUGUGGUUGGAAUUUAAUUUUUCAUCCACACAAAGUAACUUGUUGCGUACUGAUGUGGGGAAAUAAAUGGAUUUGUGGUUGACGAGAUUAAUUGCAGCUAAUGCAGAACAAGGAAAGCGUUGAUGUCGAAAUUGGCUAGACUUGAUCGAACCAGAUUAUGCCGGACAAUCCUCGGACAAGUUCACACGGUGGAGCCGCGGUGGUGGAGGCGUUAUGCAAAUUUAUGCUGCUCCAACAUGGAUGUUAGUGUUUGCUGGGUGUACUUAACACAGUGUCGCCGGAUAAUUAUUGUUAUGUCAGGACAGCGUUUUGAGGCAUUUUGAUGGCAAAUUUACCGUAAGAUUCAUUGACAGGCUCGUAAAACGGAACGAUCGGAAAACCGAAACAGGUAGAUCUGUCAGUGAACAUAAAUAAACAAGACUGGUUUCGUAAAUCCACCGGCUGGAACAGUUUGGGAGAUUUCAGAGGAACCGAAAAAAAUAAUUAAAAUGAACCGCCGCCUGCCGGCCACUUUACGAGAGCUCUCAGAAUGCUUCCGCUCGAAAUCGCUGGACCCGCUAACUUUCACCGAGCACACCCUCCACCGGGCCUCGGACCGCGCCAAACACCUGAACGCCUUCGUCCGAAUCUCGUCCCAAACGGCCCUGCAGCAGGCGGAAGCCUCCACCCAAAGACACCGCUCGGGCAGCACGCUUGGCCCGCUGGACGGCGCAACGAUUGCGGUCAAGGAUAAUUUCUGCACGCGGAAUGUCGCCACGACGUGUGCCUCUCGGAUGUUGGAGAGUUUCGUUCCGACGUAUAGCGCCACGGUUUGGGAGCGGUUGGAACGGGGUGGGGCUGUGUUGGUGGGGAAGACCAACAUGGACCAAUUUGGGAUGGGUUCGGGGACGGUGGAUUCGAUUUUCGGGCCGACGCGGAACUGUUGGAGUGAGAGUUUGGAGGGGGAGCGGUUCCGGAUUGCUGGGGGGAGUAGUGGGGGGUCGGCGGUGGCGGUAGCGUCGGGGGUUUGCUUUGCGGCGCUGGGGUCGGACACGGGCGGUUCGACGAGGAAUCCGGCUUCGUACUGCGGCGUUGUUGGAUUGAAGCCGACUUAUGGGUUGCUGUCGAGACAUGGAUUGAUUCCGCUGGUUAAUUCGAUGGAUGUUCCGGGGAUUUUGUCGAGGACGGUGAAGGAUUGUGCGACCGUGUUGAACGCCAUUGCUGGACCGGAUGAAAGGGAUUCUACGACGGUGAAGAAGCCUUUCAAACCAGUCGAACUUCCGGAAUCGAUUUGUUUGAAAGGAUUGCGGAUUGGCAUUCCGGUGGAGUACCAUUGUGAGGGUCUUUCCGAAGAGGUUUUGCACACCUGGGCCAAGGUGGCUGACAUGCUGGAGGAUGCCGGAGCAACCGUAACGUCCGUGUCCCUUCCCUACACGUCUGCGUCAAUCUUUGUUUAUUCAAUCCUGAACCAGUGCGAAGUCAGCAGCAACAUGUCCCGCUACGAUGGAAUUGAGUUCGGUCUCCGAUCGGACGAGGACGCCAGCACGGAACAACUGUACGCGCGAUCACGAGCGGAAGGCUUCAACGGCGUCGUCAAGAACCGAAUCCUGACCGGAAACUACUUUCUCUUGCGAAAAAAUUACGACAAAUUCUUCCAGAAAGCGCUUCAAGUGCGGCGACUCAUCGCGGAAGAUUUCGAUAAAGCCUUCACAAAAGUAGACUUUCUGCUGACCCCCACAACCCUAAGUUCCGCACCCCUAUACGAGGAUUUUGUCCAGGGCACCAACCGAGAUCAGUGCGCAGUGCAGGAUUUCUGUACGCAACCCGCCAACAUGGGCGGAAUUCCGGCUAUUUCCCUCCCGAUUAGACUUUCGGAGCACAAACUCCCCAUCAGUUUGCAGCUCAUGGGACCGAACUUUUCCGAGCAGAACCUGCUCACCGUGGCCAAGUGGAUCGAAAGCCAAGUCGAGUUUGAGCAUCUCUGUGCGACGAACGACUAGAGCCGAAAUUUGUAGAAAUAGUCGAGGUAAGUGUGAUAAAGAAAAUUGUUAAAUUACCAAA